AUUAACCUAUUCCUCGUGUUCGCUGUGCACACAGUGUACGAGAGUAGGCGUACAGUGAAAACAAUAUGAGAUUGCAGUGUUUUUAUGUUUGCUAACCCAAACCUAGAGUGAUCAUGAACGGGAGGAGAGGCUUGUUCCACGAAUCGCAAGAGCUCAACGUUGAAAAGCUGAAAAAACUAGUCGGCCAAAAGAGGAAACGCAACGAGCUGCUCGACAAUGUCCUCACCGAGCUCUCCAUAUUCGAUUCGCCCCAGCCGCUUUUCGAUUCUUCGAAGGAAAAAUUAUCGAGAAUCAAUAAGAGCUCGUCGUCGCGUAGAAAGAAGGAAAGGGAGAUGCUGUUCACGGCGAACUGCUACACGUCGCUGCGGCGCAAAAGGGAGGAGUUUCGUAACAAGCUGAUAAAGACCAUAGCGAAGAAGCAGGACGAGCACAUCAAACGAUCCGGCAGUACGUUCACGAGGAACUUGAUAACCGACGAAGAUGCCCAGCUGCUGAGAUACUACCAUUACAUAGUGCACGGCAUAGACAGCUCGCACAUAUCGCCUCUCGAUCCCGCUGUUCUCGAGGCGAUUCUAAAUUUAGUCCCGAAAAACUGGCGGCUGCGCUUCGAGAGCGUAACUGCUGAGGUCGUUCGGGAGAUCAAAGAGAACUACGUUCUCAGCGUCAAAAAGUCGGUGGUCGAUUUCGUUUUGCAUGAUUUCGCGAACAACGAGGACGAUUCGGUGCAGAAACUCAAGAAUGCAUUUAAUUCCGUGACGGCAGAGCAGAAAAUUAAAUUCCAGAGGAGACGCAGGAAGCUCGAGAGGUCUUUGAUGUUGUAUCAUCCUUGCAUUAGAAAGUCCCUGGACUUUUGGUUCCGCGAAUUCGACGCGACACGGCAGAUUGAUAAGCAGUCGUUCUUAUCGCAUGGGAAAUCGUACGACCUACUGACUUUCGACUACCUGUUUUCGCAAAUGGUUAAAAGCACGAAGAAACUGCUCGACGAGAGAUGGAUUACCAAGAUAAUCAGUAUUUUUCGUAACGCUCAACGCAAAGGUAUACUGCAGAUCGACAAGAACGAGGACGACGCAGUGAAACUGUUCAACUGUCUCGCCACGAUAAUGGAAGAUCAGCUGCGAUCUCUGUGCUUCAAAUCCAUCGACGACUACAUGGAUUUUCUAACCAACGCCGAGCGAUGCAGUUGCGUGUUCAACAUCAAUGUCGUGGCGAGAAAUCAACGCAUCGGCUUCGAUCCGUCAUUCAAAGUUUUCCGCGACACUUUCGUCAUGCUGUUGAAUUCGCUUCUAGAGGCAGUGAACGAGCACAAGCGCAUUGAUUUCGAGUGUCUGCAACAAACCGCGAGUAUUACGACGCACGAAAACUUAAAGCCAGACGUCUCUAGAGACAUAUUAGCAGCGCACGCCAAAAGUAUCGGCGAGCUGAUAGAAAAGCACAAAGUCGGCCCGGAGAUGCAAGUCCGGGAAUUCGACAAGUACGUAAAUCUGAUUAACCGGCAGGAGAUCACGUUCGUAGAGUCGUUUUUGAACGCAGAUCCGCCUCGCUCGUUCGAGGAGUACGGGCAACUAAUUGAAAAAUACCAUCAGCUCUCACGAAACAUUUUAUCGGAGUUCGAUCGAACGGCUCACAUCGGCCUAUUCGAAGUCAACAAGAGGGACUUGAUGCUGCACAUGUCCCAAGCCGCCGACAAUUGCAAGGAGAUGCUGCUCAACAAGAUGAUCAACGAUUAUCAGACGAAAUCCAAGGUUAUCGGAGACGAGUAUCAGAGCAUGGCGGAUCAGGCGCUAAGCGUUCCGCCCAAUACUUCCGAGCUGAUGGAGCUCGGCAUCUUCGUGAAAAAGGCCGAGAGCGAAAUGUCUUCGAAUCUGGAAGACAGACUACGAGAGAUCCUCGAAUACAUCUCCUUCCUCUCUGAUUACAAGCCCUUGACUUCCGUGGAAAUUAAAACCAACAAUUUUGCUUUUCAAUGGUACCAUCGAAUGCCGUCGGUUUUCGAGGAGCACCGACGAAUAAUCGCGAGCAAAACCGGCGAGUAUCAAGAGGCCCUCACUUCGCGCAUACAAAAAUUCAAUCAAGACCUGCAGACCUACGCGAAGCAUUGCGACGAGAUGCAGUACUGGGGCAACGUCGAGGAAAUUUUCCGCUACAAGAAGAAAGCCGAUAGACUGGAAGCUCGACUAAUCAACGCGAUGGGAACCAUAGACGAGUUCAACAAAGAGGAGCAGAUGUUCGGCUGGGAAAUAUCGCAGUAUCCCCUCAGAAAGAAGAUAGCGGACAAACUGGCGCCGUACAAAAAGUUCUACGACGCGGCCUGCGAGUUUCUAUCGAGUCACGAGAAGUGGAUGAGCUCGAUGGUGGGCAGCUACAGCCCGGACACGAUAGAGGCCGAGUCGGGCACGGCGUAUCGCUCGGUGCUGAAAUUGGAAAAAGCCUUCCAAGAGCCUUUGGUGCGCAAAUUGGCCGAGACCGUCAGGUCGACGAUCGAAGAGUUCCGCGAGCACAUGUCCCUCAUCAUGACUCUCGGCAAUCCCGGAAUGAAGGCGAGGCACUGGGAGCGGGUCUCCGAUAUCGUCGGCUUUCCCAUCGUCGUCGACUCGAGCAUGACGCUGCUGAAGGUAAUCGAUUUUGGCCUGGACGAGUACGUGCCGAAAUUCGAGACCAUAUCCGAAGCAGCGACGAAGGAGAGCAACCUGGAGAAGGCUCUGCUGAAGAUGCAUGCCGACUGGACCGACAUGGAAUUCGUCGUGAAUUCGUACCGCGAUACCGGCACCUACGUCAUCGCUAGUGUCGAUGACAUUCAGCUACUGCUGGACGACCAUCUGACGAAAGCUCAGACGAUGAAAAACUCGCUCUACAUCAAGCCGUUCGAGAAGGAAACCUUGGAGUGGGAGGCUAAGCUGUAUCUGCUUCAAGACAUCAUGGACUACUGGCUGAAGGUGCAGGCGACGUGGAUGUAUCUCGAGCCCAUAUUCUCCUCGCCCGACAUACACUCGCAGAUGCAGGAGGAAGGACGUCGGUUCAGCGCAGUCGACAAAAUAUGGAAAGACAUAAUGUCGAGCGUAGUGGCCAACCCGAAAGUCAUGCAGGUCGUGGAAAUCGAUAAGAUGCUCGACCGCCUCAAGAAGUCCACGAAUUUACUCGAUUUGAUUCAGAAGGGACUGAACGACUACCUGGAAAAGAAGCGGCUCGUCUUCCCGAGAUUUUUCUUCCUGUCGAACGACGAGUUGCUGGAAAUACUCUCGGAAACGAAAGACCCGACACGAGUACAGCCCCACUUGAAGAAAUGCUUCGAAGGAAUAGCGAAACUCAAUUUCACGGAGAUGCAGGAGGUCACCUCUAUGAUUUCCUCGGAGCAGGAGCAAAUCGAUCUGGAGGACAUCAUCGACACGUCCGAGGCCAAGGGCCAGGUGGAAAAAUGGCUGGACAAGUUGGAAAAGGGUAUGAAAGCCAGCGUCCGAGCCCAGGUGCUGCGAGCGAAAACCGCCUAUCCAACGAAAGCCAGAAGCGAGUGGGUGUUGGAGUGGCCGGGACAGGCCAUCCUCUGCAUCUCGCAGUUAUACUGGACGAGCGAUGUAACCAGCGCUAUUCCGAAAGCGCCUCAGGGCUUGCUGGAGUACGUCGAGCUCUGCAACUACGAGCUCGGCCAAAUUGUCAAACUCGUGCGGGGGAAAUUGUCCUCGCAAAAUCGCACGACCCUCGAGGCACUGGUGACUCUGGACGUGCACGCGAGGGACGUUCUAGUCGGUCUUUGCGAGCAGAAAGUCACGAGCGUCACUGAUUUCAAGUGGAUCUGUCAGAUGAGAUACUACUGGAUGGAGCACGACGGAGAGCACAACAUAAUGACGAUGAUGAUAAACGCCUCGCUGGCCUAUGGCUACGAGUACCUCGGCAACACGUCGAGGCUAGUGAUAACGCCGUUGACGGAUCGAUGCUACCGGACGCUCUUCGGGGCGCUGAGCUUGCAUCUCGGAGGUGCGCCCGAGGGACCUGCUGGUACCGGAAAAACCGAGACCACCAAGGAUCUGGCCAAGGCCGUGGCCAAGCAGUGCGUCGUCUUCAAUUGCUCGGACGGGCUGGAUUACAUCGCGCUGGGAAAGUUCUUCAAAGGCCUAGCAGCAUCGGGUGCCUGGUCCUGUUUCGACGAGUUCAAUCGUAUCGACCUCGAGGUACUGUCGGUGGUGGCUCAGCAAAUCCUGACGAUACAACGAGCGAUAAACGCCAAGGAAAAGACGCUGAUUUUCGAGGGCACCCAGCUGAACUUAGACCCGACUUGCGCUAUCUUCAUCACCAUGAAUCCGGGAUACGCUGGAAGAUCGGAUCUGCCCGAUAAUCUCAAGGCGCUCUUCCGUUCGGUCGCGAUGAUGGUGCCGGAUUACGGCUUGAUAGCCGAGAACACGCUGUACUCCUUCGGCUUCCACGACGCGAGGCCACUUUCCGUGAAAAUCGUCACGGCUUAUCGGCUCUGCUCGGAGCAGCUGUCGACGCAGAGUCAUUACGACUACGGAAUGAGGGCCGUUAAGUCGGUUCUCACCGCCGCGGGUAACUUGAAAUUGAAAUAUCCUGAGGAGGACGAGAAUAUCUUGAUACUCAGGAGUAUCAGGGAUGUGAAUUUGCCGAAAUUCUUGAAUCCCGACGUACCGCUGUUUAACGGAAUCAUGUCGGAUCUGUUCCCCAACGUGAGCCUACCCGAAGCCGACUACACGGACUUGAACGAGUGCGCCGCGGAAGCGUGCGCUCGAGCCAAUAUUCAGUGCACCCCGUCGUUCCUGAAGAAAAUCCAGCAGAUCUACGAGAUGAUGAUCGUCCGUCACGGUUUCAUGAUCGUCGGUCAGCCGUUCGGAGGAAAGUCCACAGCGUACAGAACAUUGGCUGCCGCUUUGGAACUCUGCGAAGAACGCAAACUAAUGAACGAGCGCAAGGUCGAGAUAACCGUGAUCAACCCAAAAUCGAUAACCAUCGGCCAGCUGUACGGGCAAUUCGAUCAGGCGUCGCACGAAUGGCAGGACGGAAUUCUAGCCAUCAGUUAUCGGGCUUUCGCCACGUCCACGAAUAGCAAUCGCAAGUGGCUUGUAUUCGAUGGACCCAUCGACGCGGUUUGGAUCGAGAAUAUGAACACGGUGCUCGACGACAACAAGAAACUGUGCCUAAUGAGCGGUGAAAUCAUACAACUGGCACCGACGACCAAUUUGAUUUUCGAAACGAUGGACCUCGAGGCUGCUUCGCCUGCGACUGUGUCGCGUUGCGGUAUGAUCUAUAUGGAUCCAUCGAGUCUGGGUUGGGAGCCGCUUUUGAAAUCGUGGAUAGCUACGACACCGACUCUAUUGACUCAAUGGCUGCAGACUUUCCUGUACGAGUCUCUCUUUUUGAGAUUCUGCAAGCCCAUUCUGUAUCUCCUGAGACGAUGCGGCCUCACCGAAAUGUGUCCUAUGCCCGACUCGAAUCUCGUACAGUCCAUCACUUAUUUGAUGGAUUGUUUCCUCGACGAGUACAGUACUUUGAACCCGACUCAAAUUCCGAACGAAUUGGACCUCAGAGCACAGAUAGAAGGAUCUUUCUUUUUCUCUUGCAUCUGGGCAAUGGGAGGCACGUUGGUGGCGAAGGACAGAGAGGUUUUCAGCGUCCUUUUCCGGGGACUUUUAGAGAAAGAAUUUCCAGCAUCUCUGGUCAGCAGGUUCGGCUUACCAGAGCCAGUCCAACCGCCGGCAAAACCGUACAUCUUCGUCAUGCCCAAAGACGGCUUGGUCUUCGACUACAAGUUCAUCAAAGAGGGCAAAGGUAAAUGGAAGCUGUGGUCGGACGAGCUGCAGAACGUCCCGCCGAUCCCUCGAGAUAUCCCCGUGAACCAGAUAAUCGUCCCUACGGUCGAGACGAUCCGUUACACGACUCUCUUCCAGUUGCUGGUUCAGCAGCAGAAGCCAGUGCUGUUCGUCGGGCCAACUGGAACCGGAAAAUCGGUCUACGCGACGGACUUCUUGCUCAAGAAGAACAACACAGCUGUGUACAAGCCGCUGUUCAUCAAUUUCUCGGCGCAGACUUCGGCCAACCAGACGCAGGAUAUCAUCAUGAGCAAGCUGGACAAGAGGAGAAAAGGUGUGUACGGUCCUCCGGUGGGUAAACGAUGGGUCAUAUUCGUCGACGAUGUAUCCAUGCCGAUGAAGGAAGAAUACGGGGCACAGCCUGCUAUCGAAUUGCUCAGACAGUGGUUGGAUCACUCGCAGUGGUACGACAGAAAAGACUCAACGGCGAUCAAACUGAUCGAGCUGCAGUUGAUGUGCGCGAUGAGUCCGCCAGUUAGCGGGGGGAAGGACGUCACGCCGAGAUUCAAGCGACACUUUUUCGUCACCACCAUCUCCGAGUUUCAGGAUGACGUUAUGAUCGCUAUUUUCAGUAAAAUCAUCCUCUGGCAUCUCGAUACGAGAGGCUUCAGCAAAGAAUUCGAUCCUUGUAUCGAGCAAAUAGUAUUAGCCACGCUAGACGUUUACAAAAAGAGUCUCGAAUUCCUCCUGCCCACCCCAGCGAAGUCGCAUUACCUGUUCAACCUUCGCGACUUCUCUCGAGUAAUUCAGGGCGUUCUAUUGUCCGUCCCGGAGACAAUGCCGACCCUCGAAAGCAUGAAGAAGCUAUGGGUCCACGAGGUGCUGCGCGUAUUCGGCGAUCGAUUGGUCGAGCAGAGCGACAUCGAUUGGCUCAUUCGGCAGAUACGCGCGACUCUCAGCGAGAAAAUGGAAAUCGAUUUGGACGAGAUGUUUGCCGAGCUGAAGAACGGAAAGACGACGAUGAUUGGCGAAAGCGAGCUUCGCAAGCUCGUCUACUGCGACUUUGUCGACCCGAAGGCCGACGUUCGUCUCUACCAGGAAGUCUCCGACCUCGAGCUGCUGCGCAGCAUAGUGGAGAACUACCUAAGCGAGUACAACUCGAUGACGAAGAAGCCGAUGAACCUCGUUUUGUUCCGCUUCGCGAUCGAGCAUCUGUCCAAGAUCGCUCGCAUCAUAAAGCAACCGAGAUCUCACGCUUUGCUCGUGGGUGUCGGUGGUUCCGGGCGUCAAUCCCUCACGAGACUCGCCUCUCACAUCUGCGACUACGAGGUCCACCAGGUGGAGAUCACCAAGACUUACGGGACUCACGACUGGCACGAGGACAUCAAGAAGAUACUUCUCAAGACCACUUCGAACGAGCUGCACUCGACCUUUCUCUUCACCGAUACGCAGAUCAAGCAGGAGAGCUUUCUGGAGGACAUCAAUAACAUGCUGAACACUGGAGAGGUACCAAAUCUCUUCAACAACGAAGAGAAAGCCGAGAUCUGCGAGAAAAUGCGCCAGAUAGACCGCCAGCGCGAGAAAUCGAUGCAGACCGACGGAAGUCCAGUCGCCCUCUUCAACCUCUUCGUGCAGACGGCUCGUGAGCAGCUGCACAUCGUCGUGACCAUGUCGCCGAUCGGCGACGCUUUCCGGAACAGGAUCAGGACGUUCCCGGCUCUCGUCAAUUGCUGCACUAUCGACUGGAUGCAGCCUUGGCCGAAAGACGCGCUCUCGGCGGUGGCCAUGAAGUUCCUCGGCGAGAUCAAGCUCACUGAUCUCGAGCGUAAGGCAGCCAUAGACAUGUGCCAGUACUUCCACGUGUCGACCCAAACUCUCAGUCUGGAAUUCUUGGAACGACUUGGCAGGCAUACCUACGUGACUCCGACCUCUUACUUGGAGCUUAUCAGCACUUUCAAGGACCUUUUGGCUAAGAAGAGGAGUGAAAUCACGCUGAGCAAAACUCGCUACGAGGGCGGCCUUGGUCGUUUGGACGGAACGCAACGCGAUGUGACUCAGAUGCAGGAGACUCUGAAAGAACUGCAGCCUAAGCUGGUCAAAGCCACUCAGGAAGUGCAGACGAUACUGACUCGUGUCGAGAAAGAGAGCGCGGACGUCGCGGAGGUUGAGAAGAUCGUUAAGAUCGACGAGGAAGCUGCUAUGGAAGUAGCUGGUAGAGCAGCCGAGAUAAAAGCAGAGUGCGACGCGAACUUGGCCGAAGCCAUGCCGAUCUUGAAGGAAGCUCAAGCCGCUUUGGACACCCUGACGCCGACGGACAUCGCGGUGGUCAAGGCGAUGAAGAAUCCACCAGCCGGUGUCAAGCUCGUCAUGGAGAGCGUCUGCAUCUUGAAGGAAAUGAAACCAGAAAGGAUCCAACAACCCGACGGUCGUAUGGCGGAGGACUACUGGAAGGUCUCUCUCAAGAUCCUGAGCGACGUCAAGUUCCUAGACACCCUGCUGAGCUUCGACAAGGACAACAUUCCGGAAAAGGUCAUCGACAGAAUCCGCAGAGAAUAUCUGACCAACGUGAACUUCGACCCCGAGAAGAUAAAGAGCGCCUCGACUGCUUGCGAGGGUCUCUGCAAGUGGGUCUACGCCAUUUCGGAGUACGACAAGGUCGCGAAAGUCGUAGCGCCCAAGAAAAAAGCCUUGGCCGAGGCUCAAGCCGUUUACAACGAAGCCAUGGUCAAGCUGGAUGCCAAACGAGAAGAGCUGCGGAAAGUCCAGAUGGACCUCGCUAAGCUGGAGGACGAUCUGAAGAGGCGGAAAGCGGAUUACCAGUCGAUGAUGGAUAAGGUGACGGACUGCGAACAGAAGCUCAAGCGCGCCGAGGAAUUGAUCGGCGGAUUAGGUGGCGAAUACACGCGCUGGUCGAAUAACGCCCAGGAACUGGGCGAGAGAUACGAUCGACUCACCGGAGACGCGAUGAUAGCGUCCGGUGUAAUCGCGUAUUUAGGGCCGUUCACGACACCCUACAGAGUGAAGCAGAUCGAAGCUUGGGCCGAGCUUUGCACGAAACUGGAGAUCGUUUGUACCAAGGAGUUCCAGCUUCGAGACGUUCUGGGCGUUCCGGUUCUGAUCAGAUCUUGGAACAUCUUCGGUCUGCCCACUGAUUCCUUCUCCGUGGACAACGGGAUAAUCGUCAAAAACUCGCGACGUUGGCCUCUCAUGAUCGACCCUCAGAGUCAGGCUAACAAGUGGAUCAAAAACAUGGAAAAGGACAACAACUUGAGCAUAAUCAAGCUGAGCCAAAACGAUUACCCUCGAGUCUUGGAGAACGCCAUUCAAUUCGGCCAGCCAGUUCUGCUGGAAAACAUCGGCGAAGAGCUCGACGCUAUGCUGGAGCCUAUAUUAAUGAAACAAACUUUCAAACAAGGCGGCGCCUUGUGCAUAAAACUCGGCGACACCGUCGUCGAGUAUAGUCACGAGUUCAGAUUGUACAUAACGACGAAAUUGCGCAACCCUCACUACCUGCCGGAAAUCAUUGUCAAGGUCACUCUGAUAAACUUUAUGAUAACGUCGAGCGGACUGGAGGACCAGCUUUUGGGAAUCGUCGUCGCAAAGGAAAGGCCGGAUUUAGAGUCCGAGAAGAACUCGCUGAUCAUUCAAGGAGCUGCUAAUAAGAAAAUGUUGAAAGAAACCGAGGACAAGAUUCUGGCGCUGUUGUCGUCGUCCGAAGGGGAUAUCCUCGAAGACGAGGAAGCCAUCGCGGCGUUGAGUUCCUCGAAAGUUUUGAGUAAUGAAAUUCAAGUGAAACAGGCGGCUGCCGAAGUGACGGAGAAAACCAUCGAUAUAACUAGACUGCAGUACUCCCCCAUAGCCGUCUACAGUACUGUUCUCUUCUUUACCACGGCCGACUUGGCGAAUAUCGAUCCGAUGUAUCAGUACUCUCUGAAUUGGUUCGUCAACCUCUUCAAAAUGGCGAUCGAUAACACGGAGCCGGUGGAAGAGGUGGAAGCUCGCAUAAGAGACUUGAAAAAACACUUUACGCGCUCGCUUUACGAGAACGUGUGCCGAUCCCUCUUCGAAAAGGACAAGCUCCUCUUCUCGCUCUUAUUGGUCAUCAAUUUGCUGAACAAUGACAAGAAGCUGUCUCGCGAGCAGUGGAUGUUCAUCUUGACUGGCGGAGUCGGUCUCGAUAAUCCGCACGAAAAUCCAGCUUCGUGGCUACCCCCGCAAUCGUGGAACGAAAUUUGCAGGCUGGAAGAUGUGCCUGGUUUCAAGGGGAUAAGAGAAUCUCUUCGUAACAGCGUAAACGAGUGGAGAAACGUGUACGACUCGAAAGAGCCGCAAGUCGCGACUUUCCCAAAGCCGUUUGACCGACUGACGGUUUUCGAGAGGAUUCUGCUUUUAAGAUGCCUUCGCCCGGACAAAAUAGUUCCAGCCGUGCAGAACUUUGUCGGAUCUCAACUCGGCCCAGAGUACAUGGAGCCACCGCCUUUCGAUCUAGCCUCUCCCUUCCAAGACUCCAACAGCUGCGUCCCGUUGAUAUUCAUCUUGACGCCGGGAGCCGAUCCGAUGCAGCUCCUGCUCAAGUUUGCCGAGGACCAGGGCUUCGGAGCGAAGAAAUUGUCCUCGUUAUCCCUCGGUCAAGGACAAGGCCCAAUAGCCGUGGAGCUGAUAAACAGGGCCGUGAAGGAAGGCAACUGGGUGGUCCUGCAGAACUGUCACCUGGCCAAAAGUUGGAUGCCGACCCUCGAGAAGAUCUGCGAGGGCCUCCUUCCGGACACCAUCCAUCCGGACUUUCGUCUCUGGCUCACGAGCUACCCCGUCGACCACUUCCCCAUCUCCAUCCUCCAGAACUCCAUCAAGAUCACGAACGAGCCUCCGAAGGGUCUGCGCGCCAACAUCUUGAAAUCCUACGGCAACGAUCCCAUCAGCGACCCCGAGUUCUUCGAGUCCUGCAAACAGUCCGACGUCUUCAAGAAGCUGCUCUACGCGCUCUGCUUCUUCCACGCGAACGUCCAGGAGCGGCGCAAGUUCGGAUCGAUCGGCUGGAAUACGCCGUACGAGUUCAACGAGACGGAUUUGAGGAUCAGCGCGUUACAGCUCAAGACUUUCCUCAACGAGUACGACGACGUGCAGUACGAGGCUCUGAAGUAUCUCACAGGCGAGUGUAAUUACGGAGGAAGAGUCACCGACGACUGGGACAGGAGGACCCUCAUGGCUAUCCUGCAGACGUUCUACUGCGAGGAACUGGUGACGCGAGAGAAUUAUCGCUUCGAUCCGUCCUCCGAUGUAUACUACUGUCCGACGUUCAAAGAAUACGAGGCGUACGUGAGUUACACGAAGAGCUUUCCCAUAAUCACGGAACCCAGUGUUUUCGGCCUUCACGAGAAUGCAGAUAUCGUCAAAGAUAAUCAGGAAACUAAUUUGAUGUUUUCCUCGCUGCUGCUUACGCAGGACCGAACGGACUUGUGGGAGCAAAAGGAAAAAUCACGGAACGAUGCAAGCGGCGCCUCGGAAGAUCAAGUUGUUUACAAGAUCGCGACUGACAUCCUCGAUAAAUUGCCGGAAAAUUACGACCUGCAACGAGCCAUGGAGAAAUACCCGACUUCUUACAACCAAAGCAUGAACACUGUGCUGGUUCAAGAAAUGGGUCGAUUCAAUAAACUGCUCAGCUGCAUAAGAAGCAGUCUCGUAAACGUACAAAGAGCCAUCAAAGGCGUCGUCGUGAUGUCUUUCGAGCUGGAACAAGUCUUUUUCUCAUUGUUGGUGGGAAAAAUUCCGAGCCUGUGGAUGCAGAAUUCCUAUCCGUCUCUGAAAUCUCUCGGCAGCUACGUCAAAGAUUUUCUGGAACGCUUGCAGUUUUUGAAGACUUGGUACGACAACGGGCCGCCCGCGACCUACUGGUUGUCUGGAUUUUUCUUCACCCAAGCGUUUUUAACUGGGAUCCGGCAAAAUUACGCGAGAAAAUACCAGAUCCCUAUCGAUCUUUUGGUUUACGACUUUCGCGUCAUGAAAGAAGCUUCGAUCAGUAAGCCGCCGGAGGACGGCGUUUACGUUUACGGGCUAUUUUUAGACGGAGCUAGAUUCGAUAAAGACGAAAUGAUUAUUAACGAGAGUCUUCCGAAAGUUUUGUACGAGCCCAUGCCCUACAUAUGGAUGUUACCCAGGAGAAAAGAAGAGAUUGAGAAGAGACUGACCUAUACUUGCCCACUGUACAAAACGAGCGAAAGACGCGGAACUCUGUCUACCACGGGACACUCCACGAAUUUCGUUAUCGCCGUAGAAUUACCCACCAGCAAGCCCCCGGAGCAUUGGAUAAUACGAGGCGUUGCUAUGAUUUGCCAGUUAUCGCAUUGAUUCUGCUGCUGUGAUUAUCGUGUACUUUUGAUAUUGAAAAAAAUAAACAAUUUCAGUGUGACGUUUUUAUAAAUUAUCUAUGGUCUAGUUUGUACAUGUAUACAAUAAAUAAAGCGCUUACACGCAUUACACGCA